CUCUAGUGCUGGGCAGGGAGGAGCUGACCCCCAUGGGUUUGUUAUGUGUGCUGGUUAGGGCCCUGCAUGCCAGUCAAGCUCUUGUCCUACAGCCUGCCUGUGGGAGGACCUCAGUGUGAGGUCUGGAGCUCUGGACGAGGCCACCUGGGCCCACUCUCUUCAUACUGGAGCAGGGAAAGGGCAGAGAGAGCUGCAGACCGGAAGGUGGAUGGUCUGGUGUCGGAGUCCGGCCCCUGUCACCAGCUGUGAGUCAUUAAGCCAGACUCAGGCUAAGGCUUCCUCAUCUGUUAAACAGCGACACACAGGGGACUGCUCAUCCUUCAGGGUAGAUAUGGAUUCCCAGUUUCUCCAGCGGCCAGUGCUCCCCCUAGUCCACACAGUGAGACCGUGAAAGCAGAUGCUCCGGGGCACUCCUGCGCAGCUUUUGCUCGGUGGAUGAUGGGUGACUACAGACUCCCUGACCACCCCCAGCCCAUGGAAAUUCUCAACCUGUACUUGGGAGACAGCCUGGAGCCCCACCCAGGAGAGUGCCCAAGGGAAACGUGCAGCCAUGAGGAUCCACCGGAGCCUUUCGAGGAGCAAACCUGGGCCACUGACCCUGCUGAACCUAUCAGACAAAAUGUUCCUCCCUGGGGCUCCGGUGUGGAGCUCACACACCUGGGGAGCUGGGUCCAUCAGGACGGGCCGGAGCCUUGCCAGGAGCAAACCUGGGCCACUGACCCUCCUGAAUCUACCAGACAAGAUGCUCCUCCCUGGGGCUCCGGUGUGGAGCUCACACAUCUGGGGAGCCCCUCUGCCCAGAGGGAGCACAGGCAGAACACAGCAUCACCAGGGUCACCAGUGAACAGCCAUCUACCGGGGAGCCCAAAGCAGAACCGGAGCACGUCCACGCAGGUAGUGUUCUGGGCAGGCAUCCUGCAGGCCCAGAUGUGUGUCCUAGACCUGGAGGAGGAGCUGGAGAAGACGGAAGGGCUCAAGGCUGGGCUGAAAUGCUGUCUCCCCAUGCCCCCUGUGGACCUCCCCGGGGACACGGGCCUGCACUCCAGCCCACCUGAGAACGAAGACUCAGGGGAAGACAGCAGCGAGCCUGAGGCAGAGGGCCAGGCAUGGCUGAGAGAGGGAACCCCAGACUCUUCUCCACAGUGGGGAGCUGAGGAGGGCAGCAUGUUCUUCAGCAACCCCCUCUUCCUGGCGAGUCCUUGCUCAGAGAACAGUGCUUCUGGAGAGCGCUUUUCCUGGGGGGCUUCAGACUCCCAUGCAGGUGUGAGGACUGGACCUGAGAGCCCAGAGACUCUGGAGCCUCCCCUCCCAGAAGACACAGUGCUGUGGGAGCUGGAAAGUGAGCCAGAUUUGGGGGACGGCGCUGCUAUCAGUGGGCAUCAUACCCCUCCAUUCCCUGUGCCCAUCUAUAAACCACACUCCAUCUGCUGGGCUUCAGUGGCUGCCGCUGAGGGGGCUCCUGCAGCACCUCCUGGUCACAGGGAGAGUGAGACUUCUCAGGGAGAUAGGCUUGGUCCUGCUCCAUCUGCAGCACAGUGUGUGGACGAAGCAUUGACCUGGGAAUCAGGAUGUGUCGGAUCUGAUCUUGGCCCUGCUGCACAUCCUGUGCAACCUUGGGCCUCUCUCAGCCCUGAGGGCUGGCAGAGAGGAGGUCCUUUUUGGCCCCAGGUGACUCUUAACUCCCAGGACAGAGAUGAGAGGGAGGGUGGGCACCCCCAGGAAUCUCUUCCCUGCACCUUGGCCCCCUGCCCCUGGAGGAGUCCAGCUUCUUCUCCAGAGCCUAGCAGCCCAGAAUCUGAGAGCAGAGGCCCUGGUCCCAGGCCCAGCCCUGCAUCGUCCCAGGAGGGCAGCCCGCAGCUUCAACACCACAGCUCAGGCAUUUUGCCCAAGUGGACACUAGAUGCUUCACAGUCUUCACUCUUGGAGACGGAUGGGGAACAGCCAAGUUCCUUGAAGAAAGAGGAGGCAGGGGAGGCCCCGAAACCAGGCGAGGAAGUAAAGAGUGAAGGAACAGCCAGGCCUGCAGAGACUGGAGACGUCCAGCCUGACACUCACCUGACUUCUGCAGAACAGCUUCCUGGGAGCCCUAUGCCCCAAGCACGGUCCCCAGAGGAAGGCCAGAGACCACCAGCUGGAGACAAGCUAGCUAAUGGCGUCAGGAACAACAAGGUAGCCUGGAACUUGGCCUCACGCCUCUAUCGCCUGGAGGGCUUCCGGAAGUCUGAAGUGGCUGCCUACCUGCAGAAGAACAAUGACUUUAGCAGGGCUGUGGCUGAGGAGUACUUGUCCUUCUUCCAGUUUGGAGGCCAGAGCCUGGACCGAGCCCUCCGGAGCUUCCUCCAGGCCUUGGUGCUCAGUGGGGAGACUCAGGAACGGGAGCGAAUCCUCUACCAGUUCUCCAGACGCUUCCACCAUUGCAAUCUGGGGGUCUUCCCCUCAGUAGAUUCUGUACACACCUUGACAUGUGCAAUCAUGCUUCUUAACACGGACCUGCAUGGACAGAACAUUGGGAAGAGCAUGAGCUGCCAGGAAUUCAUAACCAACCUGAAUGGGCUAAGGGAUGGCGGGAACUUCCCCAAGGAGCUGCUGAAGGCCCUCUACUGGUCUAUCCGCAGCGAGAAGCUCGAGUGGGCCGUGGAUGAAGAAGACACAGCCAGACCUGAGAAGGCCCAGCCGUCCCUGCCAGCUGGCAAGAUGAGCAAGCCCUUCCUUCAGCUGGCUCAGGAUCCCACAGUGCCCACCUACAAGCAGGGCAUCCUGGCUCGGAAAAUGCAUCAAGAUGCAGACGGCAAGAAGACGCCAUGGGGCAAGCGUGGCUGGAAGAUGUUCCACACCUUACUGCGAGGGAUGGUUCUCUACUUCCUGAAGCAGGGAGAAGACCACUGCCUGGAGGGGGAGAGCUUGGUGGAUCAGAUGGUGGAUGAGCCCGUGGGGGUGCACCACUCGCUGGCCACCCCCGCCACCCAUUACACCAAGAAGCCGCACGUCUUCCAGCUGCGCACGGCUGACUGGCGCCUCUACCUCUUCCAGGCACCCACUGCCAAGGAGAUGAGCUCCUGGAUCGCGCGCAUCAACUUGGCUGCGGCCACGCACUCCGCGCCACCCUUCCCCGCCGCUGUGGGCUCCCAGCGCAGAUUCGUGCGGCCCAUCCUGCCCGUGGGCCCCGCCCGGAGCUCCCUGGAGGAGCAGCAUCGAUCCCACGAGAACUGCCUGGACGCUGCCUCGGACGACCUGCUGGAUCUACAGAGGAACUUACCGGAGCGGCGGGGCCGUAGCCGCGAGCUGGAGGAGUAUCGUCUGCGGAAGGAGUACCUGGAGUACGAGAAAACCCGCUACGAGACCUACAUGCAGCUGCUGGUGGCCCGCCUGCACUGCCCCUCUGAUGCUCUGGACCUGUGGGAGGAGCAGCUGGGGAGGGAAGCUGGAGGCACUCGGGAGCCCAAGCUCAGCCUGAAGAAGUCCCACUCGAGCCCGUCCCUGCACCAGGAUGAGGCUCCCACCACGGCCAAGGUGAAGCGCAACAUCUCAGAGCGCAGAACCUACCGGAAGAUCAUCCCUAAGCGGAACCGCAAUCAGCUCUGAAGCCAUCACCACCUCAGAGACACUGUCCCCUGCUCCAGGGUAGACCUGAGAUGAACCUCCCUGGAGGAGACUUAUUUCAAUGAGUCUACCAUGACGGAUGAGGCACCUCCUUUCCCUGCUGAAGGACAAAUCUUGUUUCCCUGUGGCCCUCAUUCUUGUGCUCACUGAAGCUUUCCUAAUAUUGCUGUGCUCCCCACCACCCCCAUGGUAGUCCCUCCACAGCCCCAGUCCCUGGCCACGCCCAAGGGAAGAGGGAGGUUGAGGACUUGACUUUCCUCCCAGAGCUCAGCCCAUGUCAUCCUCCAGGCCCCAGAAUCCAGAGUGGCCUCAUUUCCUAGACUUGCUGAGAACUCAGCACUUGUUUGAGAACCAGUGCUUAUGUGGUGUGCCCUUGGCUUCUGGGGGAGAGCUUGGGGCAGCAGAGGCCCCUGGGCAGCCCAGCCAGGGGAGCCACAGCCCCGAGGAUGGUCUUGCUCUGGGAAUUAGGUGACCUUCCUGGGGAGGCCCCAGGAGAGUGAAUCAGGGACUCUUGAGAAAUUCCUAACCAGCCUCCUGUGACCCAGGGAGCAGGGUCGCUAAGGUCCUGCCCACUGAGGGGACAGCCUUCUGGGCAGGGACCUCGGGGGGCUUCAGGGGUUCCGCACGGCUGUGGGGCCCCGUGCCUUUGUCUCCUUGUGUCUCCUUUCCCCCGAAGUAGAUGAAACAGUCUCACAUACCCAACUGCUCAUCAACAGAGCAGAGCUGAUGGCAUGAGUGAGGGCUGGGCGGGGUGGGGCCUCCAGAGCUUUGCAGGGAACCCUGGAACCCUAGGAACAAGGAGCCUUUGUUCCAACAGAGCAGAGAAGGAGGUUCUCUAUGUUCAGACCACUGGAGAGGAUAGAGAGGUAAAAGGUGGCGACAGUUUCCCUUAGGGGUCUGCCCGGCAGGAGCCACAGCUCAGGAGAGUUGUGAGGGAUGGGAUGGAGGCUGGCGACCAGGUGAGGCCUAGGCCAGGCUCGGGAGACUUUUCUGUGCUCCUUUCUACACAUGCCUUAAACCUUCCUUCCUGUGGGGUGCCUGGACCCCUUCCCCAUCUCUGGCAGCUCAGAGGGUCUCUGCUGCUCUCCCCUGGGAAAUCCCCUCAUCCUGCCCUCUGGCUGCCUCCCAGCUGGGCUUGUUCUCUGAGGGAGGUUCCGGAGACUCAUGGACUUGGGGCUCUGCCUGUAGGAAGGAGGCUGGGCCAGAGGGAGCAGCCACCAUUGUCUCUGUUCAGCCAAGUGUGCAAGUAGGCUGCCCGCCAAGAGGGGGGCCUCUGCUACCCGCUGCUGCCUGCCGGCUGACGCACUGCCUCCCCAGCCUUCCUGCUAGGCCACCCUCCUCCCUUCCCAUGCUUGUAACCAGCUCUGGGGCUUGCACCUCCACAAAGGUUGGCCCUUGGAGGCCAUGUUUGGGUCUCCGGCCAGGGCCUAGGGCUAGGCCAUGCACCCAAUGGGUGCACAAUAAAUAACAGGUCAACAAAGAGGGAGGUGUGUCAGUGUGUGAGGAAGGGAGGUCAGGCAGCUAGGACCACCUGCAGUGUGGCAGGCUUCAUCCCUCUUUGCUCCAAGUGUGUAUGUGUGUCUGUGCAUGUGUGUAGCGUCUGUGUCUGUGUGUUCAUGCAUAUGCAGGAGUCACACGGUCAUAGGCCAUCAAAGCUGGAGGAGACCUCAGAAUCAUUCAUUCACCUACUUGCUCAUUUAUUCAUUCAUUCAUUUUGCAAAUAAUAUGGGACGCUUUCUAUGUGCCAGUACUAGGGGAUUCACAAAUGAAUUAAACAUGUCCCUGACUCCAUGAGUUGACAAUCUUGCCCACUGGUUUCCUGCUCUCAGUUUACAGAUGCACUUUUAUCUUGCUGGGGAAGUGUGCUGAAAAGACACAUUCCCAGCCCACACCCAGGGAUGCUGAUUCAGUCAGCCUGGGUCAGAGGGAUAGAUAAAUAUGUUUAAAGCUCCUUGGGUAAUUCUGAUGUGUAAGUAGCAGUUAGCUGCAGUAGAGUCCAAUUGCCUCAUUUGAUUGAAGUGGAAUCCCAGCAUCAGGUGGACAUGACUUUUGGCCCAAGACUGAUGCUUACAAACUAAGCGGAGUAGGUUAUUUGACCUCACUGAACAUGCAUCCCCUUUUUUUUUUUUUUUCGAGAUGGAGUUUUGCUCUUGUAACCCAGGCCGGAGUGCAAUGGUGUGAUCUUGGCUGACUGCAACCUCCACCGAAUCAAGCGAUUCUCCUGCCUCAGCCUCCCAAGUAGCUAGGAUUACAGGCACGUGCCACCACACCCGGCUAUUUUUUGUAUUUUUAGUAGAGAUGGGGUUUUGUCAUGUUGGCCAGGCUGGUCUCGAACUCCUGACCUCAGGUAGUCUGCCUGCCUCGGCCCCCCGAAGUGCUGGGAUUACAGGCGUGAGCCACCACACCUGGCCUAUGCAUCUUUAUUUCUAAAACCAUGAUAAAAGGUGAAAGUUUGAAUGCAUGUGUGUGUGACACUUUGAUGCUCCUUUGCUCAUGUAGAACCGGCACCUCUCUUUCACCUGAGCAUGUGGAAUCUUCAGAGCCAGAUGACGGUGGCUGCCUGGCCUGCCAUAGUCAAUGCUGCCCAGGCACCUCUGCCUGGAGGGUCUGGGUUGUGGGCUGCAGUUAUGACAUGUGACCACUUGGAGGCAGGCUUGCAUCUUUCUAGCUUCUGGCUGCUCAGGUGUCCUGCUGUGGAGCUGAGCUGUGCUCCCUGAAAGGCAGGAAGUUAUUAUGUGUGCCCCUGUGCCAUCACCGAACCAGGACUUUCAACUUCAUAAACCCCACAGUGGCCUGGGCCAGGACUCCCACCAUCUAGGGAAGCCUCUCCUAGGGAAAAGAUUGGGUCUCUGACAUCUUCCUGCAGAUGGAGAGAAAGAAAGACAUCUCAGAAGUCUAUGGGGGCAGCCUACAGCUCCCCACAGGGUUGCUCCAGGUAACGCUGGAAGGUGAAAGCUGAGCAGGCCCCAGUCCCCAUCCUAGGUAUAGAACAGAUCAAACCACCACAGGCCUAUGUCUGACCUUCUUGUUCCCACCCCAUGCUCCUCUCCCACCUGUGUCCUUCUCCUUGCAGGAGAAGGGACAGACAGAGGUUCUCAGUGAUGAGCUAAGGCUCUGGAAGGGCACUUGAAGUUUGGCUUUAGUUCUUCCUUUCCCAUAUAGGGGAGCUCAGCUUCCAGGGUCCUGGGCCUGCUGUGACCCAGGUUGUUACUCCUGAUAUAACUGCUUCCUGGGCUCUCAUGAUCUCAGCUGAGCCUGGCUUUCUGCUGAUGACAUUUGUUUGUUGCUUGCCAGGCACCAGGGUAGAUAAAAAGAUCACUAAGACCUGCACCUUUUUCCUUAGGAGGGUCUGAGUCUUCAGGAGACGGAGACAUAUAGAAUGUGUCGGGGUUGGAAGGAGCAGGACUGGAGGGUCGGGGUGAGGGGGGCAGAGGGAAACAGGGCCGUCAGGGUGGCCUGAGGCCAGAUCAUACAGGGUCUCCAAUGCAGCCAAGGAGAGUGGCUUUUUGUGAAUAUGCAGUGCAACUUUUUUUUUU